CCCUUCCCUUAUUAGAUUCAAGUUUCUUCCGCAUCAGAUUUGCUGAGCUAUGCACCACCACCACCACCUUCUUCUUUGGUUCUUGAACAACGCAUGCACAGUGGCUAGCUAUAUUUCUCUCUGAAAGACUUAGCUAGCUGAAAGCAUAUAUACUAUAUCGAAGCAAGCAACUGAUCAUCCGUGAUGAGAUUGAGAGGUGUACUGAUGAAUGGCUGCAGCAGGAGACUUUUCAUAGCUAAUUCUGUGGCCCUGAUGAUCAUCUGUUUCGGUUUUAUUAUGAUGCUUAUUGCUUUGUUCUUCGUGAUUGAUCACUUGGGAAGUAGUGUUGGGGAAGCAGUUGGCAUUAAUAAUAAUAGGCUGGUCUUUUCCAAUGAAAGCCACACUGCAGGCCUUGGUCAUCGGAAGCUGUUGCAGUCAACUGGUGAUGAAGAUGAUGAUGGAGGAGGAGACAUGAAUCGUAUUGGGGCAGCAUGCUCAAAAGACGACAUAGUGAUAUUGCAAGGCCAAACAGCGCCACUUCCCAAUGGAAUUCCAGCCUACACGGUUGAGAUCCUGAACGCCUGCGUUCCGGGUUGCAGCAUAUCCAACAUUCACGUCAGCUGUGGGUGGUUUAGCUCAGCCCGGCUGGUCAAUCCAAAAGUGUUUAGACGCAAAGACUUUGAUGACUGCCUAGUCAAUGAUGGUGAGGCUCUAGGCCCUGGAGAAACCCUCUCUUUCCAGUAUGCCAACAGUUUCCGCUACCCUCUAUCAGUUUCAUCUGUAGUUUGCUGCUAAACCAACUAAAACCACCAACCAAGCUCCAAGCUAGCUAAUAUAUAAAUCUUUUGUU